AUCAUUAACAAGCCACCCAACCACUGACAAACAAAUCAUCAACAAUGGCAUUCAAGUUCGUAGUAUUCUGUGCUACUUUGGCCGCCGCCAACGCUGGCCUUUUGGGCGCUCCAGCCAUCUCGACCUAUGCUGCUGCUUCAGCUCUCUCCUACGCUUCCCCAGCCAUCUCCACACUCUCUUAUGCCGCUCCAGCCGUUGCUGCCGCCCCGGCUCUCGCCUACUCCGCCCCGGUAGUUGCUAAGGCUCCAGUCGCCACCUCUUACUCCUACACCAAACAAAUCUCCGCCUCCCCUGCUAUCUCCACCUACGCCGCUGCUCCAGCAAUUUCCACUUACGCUGUCCCAGCAAUCUCCACUUAUGCUGCUCCAGCCAUCUCCUCUUACGCUGCUGCUCCAGCUAUUUCAGCCUACGCUGCCCCAGCUUUAAAAGUAGCUGCCCCAGCCAUCUCUACUUACGCUGCCGCUCCCGCAUACUCCACCUAUGCCGCUGCUCCAGCUCUCUCUUAUUCUGCUCCAGUUGCCAAGGUUUGGUGAAAAGUGAACUGAUUAUGUAAAUAAUUAAUUUAUGAGAUUAAAUAAAAACAAUCAUAAAAAUAUUCGUAUUUUGUUACUUCAUUAAUUUACGAAUACAUUUAUUAAUAUAGUUAUUUUAAUGAUUUAAUAAACUAUUCUAUUUAUAUACAGUGUGGCCCGUUUGAG